UGUGACGUCAUCAGCCGAUCGAUUUCCGGGCAGCCGGCAGCGCAGUCACUUGUUACUGUUUUUGUUUUGCUGGCGAAGAGGCAAAGUUGUGGGUUUUUCAAAUGUUGUAAAAAUGGAUCGUGUUGAUGAAGAAGAAAGUAGAACUUUGCCUAUGGAUGAAAGUUUGCAAGUAAUUUUUAAAUCGCUUGUUGAUCAACAGAAUUAUGAGACUGCUAUGGAUUUUUUGAUUGCUAUUGAUCUGCAAUAUAUUCCAAAUGAACACACGCUUAAAUUAGUGAUCUUUGAGAUACUGAUGAAAUGCACUGAUGCUAGAGUUCUUGCUGAAGCCCAUAGGUAUUUAUGCAGCUUAUUGGAAAAUUAUCCUCCAACAGAUGAAACGCGAAAAGAAUUCUACUAUAAUGUUCUUCUUGGAACAUCAGUGAACAGAACAUCUCGUAACUCAGAAUUAUGGAACAUCUUCUGUCACAUCAUGAUCUCAUGUUUAGUUCAUUACAGAGUAUAUUCUCUUGAAAAUAUGGAAAAGAAAUCUAGUGUUGUGAGAUACCCAGGAUGUAAUCUUUUGUUAAAUUACUACAUUAAAGUAAUCAGUAAAAGUUUUGAAAUCUUUGCUGAUCAGAAAUCAAUAUAUGCAGAUCCUAAAAAAUGCCUUCUAGUCAACAUUUUUUGGCCUUCCUCUGAAAUAGGUGUCAUCAGUAGUAAUUGUUUGCAAUUACUUAAAUGGAUUAACGAUGUUUACAAAACUCAUAUGGCCCAUCAGAAAAAUACCUUGUCGAACCAGUUACAUAAUUUGCUGAAUUUGAUAGUCAAAUUCAAUAUUGAACAAAAGAACGGACUUAUUGGUACCACUGCAUUUAACUCUCAUGCUUUGCAUGAAAUGUGCUCCAAUAUAAUGAAUAAUUGCAAAGAUGUACAUGUAAAUUGGAUGAACAUCAAAUUGUUUAUCACAUCAGCUUCCCCAAAGUAUUUCCAAAUGAAAUUGUGUGAAUCUAAAAUUGUCGAAAUGCUGUAUCGCCAUUAUGAUGCUUCUUUAACGCCUUUGACGUUGCAAAAAAUACUCCUCCACUAUAUGUUUUGUUAUGACCCAAAGACUAAAAAAAUGAGAAGUUUUUCAAAGGGAAAUGGGUCAAAAAAUCUUCAGAAAAAAAAGAAAGUUUUUGCAAAGAAACCUUCAAGAGGCAAUACCAAGCUUCAUGAACUGGUUAUAAGUAACAAAUUUGCAGACCUAUUGGAAUGCAUGCAAGAAUCACCUGAUGACAUUAAUGCAAAAAAUCUUUCUGGAAACACGCCUUUACAUGAAGCAUGUCUAGAGAAACAGUUUAUGUGUGUUAAGGUUUUGUUAACAGACACUGGUCAGGAUCCCAUUCCUGCUGUGGAUAUACUAGCAGUUAAUAAUGAAGGUCAUACUGCGCUUCAUCUUGCUGUUUUAAAGGAUGAUCUUGCAAGCACAAGAGAGUUGUUAAAUUUUGGAGGUUACGAAUUGUUAUCUGUUAGAGAUUACAAAGGAAGAACUGCAAAGUUUUUUGCUGAAUCAGCUGAAAUGAAAAAACUAAUGGAAGAAUAUGUAGCAAAUGAAGAUGAAGUCGAUGAAAUUUCUUUUGAGCUUCAAAACUAUGGUCCUCCGAUCUUUAAGUCCUAUGGAGAGUAUCAUAUUUAUCUGUAUUUACUGAACAUUCUACUGUCAUAUUAUACAGAUCUGUUUCAUCUCACAAAUUGGCUCAAAAGCGGGAAAAAAACUGAUUUGGGAGACCAUGAAAACCAAAGAUGCUGUCAUGUUUUGUCAACUGAACAAGUGGUGUGCUCUGAAGAUGCUAUGUUUCUGGAAAAAAUGAACGAUUUAAUUGAAAAUUACAUUGAAUUGGUUAAACAACGUGCAGAAGGACAGGAAGUUCAGGGAAUUGAAUUAGAACUUAUUCCACUGAAAAUGUAUGUGGCAGCUCUAUCUGUACCAGAUUAUUUAAUUAAAAAGUGAU